CAUGAAAACUUAAAACCACACUCAACUACACGAAUGCCAAUAGAGACAAACACCACACCACAGUGGGAUGUACGUUUACGAUGAGUUUCAUUCAUAGUCAUAUUAGUACCAGGUAGAACUUACACGCUGGGGUAAUGAUCUCUGGUAUGCUGUAGCAAAAAAGUGAGCUAUACAUUCCUGUUUCUCCGAGCAAAUAGUGUUCUUUUCUCGCUCUCAGACAGUCAUCAGUACGUUUUCUUCUAAGCCUAUCAGUCAGUCGAUGUAAAAAGGUUUGAUGGUGCAGAAAUAUGUAUGAAAAGUGAAAAAAUCGACUUUUUCUCCUCUGGAUCGAAAGAGAAAAAGUAGAAGGAUAUACACGCAAAAGGAAGAAAAAUAUCCAUUUCUUGUGAUAGGCAUUAGAUAUUUUGGGUUUUUUCUCAAUGUGAAAGUGAUUUAAUUUUGUAGUAGAUUCGAUGCAAUAAAAAUUCGCAGCAAGUAGAAAUUUACGUGGGAUACAGAUAAGUAUCUCGUUCGGAAGUUGUGAGCCUGCACAGUGAUAAAAAGUGUUGAGUGUAAAGAAGAAAGAAAGAUAGCGAGUAGCAAAAACCAGUGCUGGAUAUCGAUUUCGUUUACGAUCAUAAGAACCACUAGGAUACAGGAACAACAUUUGCAUCUUUUCGCCCUGGAAACUAAGACUGCAAGGACAGGAAAAUGUUUACGGGUACCCUCCGUUUGAAAGUCUGCGAAGCUUGCGGCCUGCGACCGACGGAUUUUCAAACGCGACAUACGAUGACUUUUGGCAGACUGGGCGAUCAACUCAUCGAUCCGUAUGUCUCUAUAGAUGUUGACGAAAAAUUCAUAGACCGAUCCACAACAAAACAGCGCACGUUCGAUCCAGUGUGGAACGAAAGUUUCAUACACGAGGUGGAAGCUGCCAACGCACUUGGCAUGACGAUAUUCCACGAGGGCCCCAUCACGGAUGUAUUUGUGGCCAACACGACGAUUCCCUUCGAAGAUUUGAUGUCACGGAAUGAAACCGACCAGCAAGACUUUUGGGUGGAUUUGGAACCACAAGGGCGAUUGCACGUGAAAAUCGAUUUACGAUGGAAUCAGGAAGCCAACAGUGUAGCACCACAACAGCAAAACUCAUGCCGUCGCACUGGCGUCAAGGAUCAGCCAUUCUUGAAUCGGCGGCGCGGUGCUAUGAGAAGACGCGUUCAUCAGGUCAAUGGUCACAAAUUUAUGGCAACGUUUUUGCGCCAACCAACUUUUUGCUCUCACUGUCGGGAAUUUAUAUGGGGUUUAAUAGGCAAACAAGGCUAUCAGUGUCAAGUUUGCACAUGUGUGGUUCACAAAAGGUGCCAUAGUUCAGUCGUUACAAAAUGUCCAAAGAAGAAAGAUGAGCAGGCUAAACCUGCCACGCAGGACGCGGCCCAACGCUUCAAUGUAAAUAUACCACAUAGGUUUUCAGUGCACUCGUUCAAGCGGUUGACAUUCUGCGACCACUGCGGCUCGCUGUUGUACGGCAUCAUCAGACAGGGUCUUAAAUGCGAGGUGUGUAGCAUGAACAUCCACCGGCGCUGCGAGGGUAACGUGGCCAAUAACUGUGGCAUCAACACCAAACAGCUGGCCGAGUUGCUCAAUGAGAUGGGCAUCACCAUGGAUAAAACACCACCACGUAAAUCUAAGUAUAUGAAUCAAACGCCUAGUGACAAUUCCUCCAUCUCGGAACGUAGCGAGGACAGUUCACUGGAUUCGCUCUCGACCAAAAGCGGCCAGGAUACUGACAGUCAACAGUUACUACUGGGUGCAUCACAAGGAGGUGGCCGGGCAACCUCCAGCCAGCAGUCCAAAUCAUCCGGUGCCACAUCUCAGGAAGACGAAAGCAAUCGAUCUGCGAGCGGUGGCCUAACGGUCGGUAAGACGUGCUUAAAUGACUUUAACUUCAUCAAAGUGCUGGGAAAGGGUUCCUUCGGGAAGGUUAUGCUAGCUGAGAAAAAAGGCACCGACGAGGUAUACGCUAUCAAGGUGCUGAAAAAGGAUGUGAUUCUGCAGGACGACGACGUGGACUGUACGAUGACUGAAAAGCGAAUUCUGGCGCUGGCAGCCAAGCAUCCGUUUUUAACUGCGCUGCAUUCUUGCUUCCAAACUCCCGAUCGGCUGUUUUUCGUGAUGGAGUACGUUAACGGUGGUGAUCUGAUGUUUCAAAUUCAGCGAGCGCGUAAAUUUGAUGAGCCCCGAGCGGCAUUUUAUGCCGCUGAGGUCACGCUUGCCCUACAGUUUUUGCAUCGCAACGGUGUGAUAUAUCGAGAUCUGAAAUUGGAUAACAUUCUGCUCGAUGCGGAAGGUCACUGUAAACUAGCUGACUUCGGCAUGUGCAAAGAGGGUAUUACCGGAGAUAAUCUGACCUCUACAUUCUGCGGUACGCCAGAUUACAUUGCUCCGGAAAUUCUUCAGGAACUGGAUUACGGACCGUCAGUGGAUUGGUGGGCACUGGGAGUACUGAUGUACGAAAUGAUGGCCGGUGCCCCACCAUUUGAAGCGGAUAACGAGGAUGAUUUAUUCGAAGCGAUUCUACGAGAUGAUGUGCUUUAUCCAGUUUGGUUAUCUCGAGAAGCAGUAUCAAUCCUGAAAGGAUUCAUGACAAAGAAUGCAGCGAAACGAUUAGGCUGUACUGACGGUGAGAAUCAAAUUCGAGCACAUCCGUUCUUCAAGGACAUGGACUGGGAUGCACUGGAACAGCGGAAAGUUAGACCACCAUUUCGACCUCGAGUGCGGAGUGCUCGUGAUGCUCUUAAUUUCGACACCGAGUUCACCAAAGAAGAUCCAGUAUUAACCCCAGUGCCGAAAGAUAUCAUUCGAUGUAUUAAUCAAGAAGAAUUCGCCGGUUUUUCAUUUGUGAAUUCCGAAUUUGGCCCAGAACGUAGAAUUGUUUGUUAGAAGGCGGAACUCGCUUGCCACACCAAACAUCAACCAUUGUAACCCGUGUACCGCUGAAAAGUGAUAAAUCCAAAGAUUAAAAAUACAAACCGGCAGGCAAGUGCAACAAACACAAUGGGAUGUCGUUCCUUCAGCAGGAACGCAAGAGAAUAGUAUAAGCUAGUUCUAUAGUAACAGAGGAACCCUAAGUUUAUUGAGUGAAAAACGCAAGAAUCGCGGUCUUACAAAACUUAUUGUUCAGUUGUCCAUAUUUCCCAACAAAUAUGCUCGACAAUUUACACAUGAGAUUCAGAAAGUACGGAAAUGCGUUGAAGCAAUCGCUAAGAUUCUCAAGGGAUAAGGAGCCUGGCAGUUUUAGUAGUUUUAAUUCUUAACGUACGAGCAUUAUGAAUGCUAACUGUUUUUGUUGACGAAUUUGUUACUUUUCGACACUGAAUUAGUUGCCAUGAAUCGAGUAUAUCGAUUUCAAUUAGUCAUUUAUUUAUUGUUUUUGUUUUUUAAAUUUGUUUUACUCGAAAUAGCUUUACAAAUUGUUCACGCUUGAGCAAAGCUUCAAAGUGCAAUAUUUGAUUGUUAAUUAGUGCGUUUAGUUAUAUCUUGUGAUCGAGAUGAGAAAAAAAAACAGAAUCAGAUUGAAUUGAUCCUAUAAUUUUGAGUUACGUUCACUUCAGUCAAUUAGUGCCAUUAUUACCAGCCAAAUUUAAGAACUACAUAUAAAAACACAUUACUGAAAAUAAAUUAUAUUUUUUCUAUUCAUUUCGAUUGGAAUGCGUUCGAGAUGAAAAUGUUUUGCAGCAUAUUAGUUAAAAUAUGUCUCUUUGGUGCCUGUUAAAUUAAUGAAAGCACUCAUUGGCCAACACAAGAGUCUACGCAACACCAAUAUCUUUUAUUGCAUUUAUAAAAGCCCAGCCAAUUCAUCAACAACGUACCACGAGCAUCAGAUGAGGCGUGAAAUUUAUUACUAGCGAUGCUAUGCAAUAUUAAUUUCAGUUGCCAUAUCUGUCAAUUGGUUUGCGCUUCAGUAACGCACGAAUGAAGCUAGAGUAUCUAAGUUUCAUUUUCGAAACAAUCGACCUACCGGAAUCGUCCGGGAUGGUACCUACAUCAAAAUGUCUAGUUCCUAACCUAUUCGAUUUGAACGAAUAUAAUUAGAAACGAAACAGACUCGUCCAAGUAUCAAAUGGCGACAUAUGCUAGUCAUUAGAUUAUUUUUUAUUUAGGGCUUUAAUUUGUGUUGUAAGUGAAGUUCAUUUUAUUUUAAUUUACGUUUAGCAACAUUUGUUGUACUACCGAUCGAAGCGAAAUGUAUCUUGGAAAAAUUAACCAAUAUUCAUGUCGUUAUUUGCGAUACUACGAUUAUUUAUACCGAUUCUUUCGUUUGCAAUCGACGGAUUGCGCGAUAUUCAAUACCAUUGCCUCUGCCGUAAAAAUUGGUGUAAAUAAUGUGGCAUACUUACUUGGGAGCAGAUUUGAUCCUUGCUAAUGGGCUCGAAUGAAGUUUGGAAUACAGGAAUUCAAAUGAAUAUGGUUACGGUUAUCCUUGUAAAUAACACGGUGACUGUGAUGCAUUGUUUUCGGAAUUGACAAGACAGAAUAUAGGCCUCUUUUCAAUGCCACUCAAAAUCAUGUUAUAAAAAAAAUAUUAAAAAAAACAUUUGUUUUGUUGUAGUGAUUGGAGAAACUGAGGUACUUUAAAUUCAACAACAAGUCGGAAGUAGUUGUAUUACUUUUUCGCCAUUUUUUUCUUUAAAUCCGUUAAAUUGAUUGGGCCGCUAGGUAAUCCAUGGUAUUCUUCUAGUUACCCUGAUUAUCCUUUUACUAUCUAUAAAGGCCAACCUAACCGGUAACUGUGCUGUUCCGACACAGAUGAGGUGAUUCAUUUCGUUUAGAUUAUGCAAUGUAAAGGAUUGUGUUCAGUAUAGGAACACUACAAUUGAACGAGGGAUAGUGCCAUGGUAGAUAGAGUCGAAUUGCAACAUCGAAGGAAUAAAGUAUAUCAAUUUCGGGCAAUAGUAUCAUUUAUUUAAAAAAGUUAAAACAAGAUUGAGAAAGUAUAGAAGAAAGAUAAAGAGGCGAGAGCUAUAGAUAAAGCGGAUUCAUCGUCGCUAUAUUUAUUCACAAUUUCUGCAGAAACAGCAACUGUAACAAGAGAUACCAAACCUAGAUAAAUUGAUUAAGCUACAUUAAUUACGUCUGCUCCAAUCUGGAUGCGAAACAUGUUUGAUAUAAUAAACACUAGUUAAUUGUCGUUGUUUCAGAUUGUUUAUUUUCCUCUUUGAAGGACGCUGAAUUUUUCGUUAUUUGCAUUUUUACGUGUAGGUUUACUUUCUGAGUGGAAAUAUCAAAACAAGAAAAAUGGAUAAGAAUUGCGUAUCAGUAACGAAUGGAGACGAGCGAUAAAAAUGUUUACUAGGCAUUUACAAAAAAAAUAAACAAAAUAUAAUAAGUAACAAACGCAGAUAAAUGAGAAUCCGUCUGAUUGUAUAAAGCAGAUUAAACUAUUGUACUAAAAUGAAUAUACUGUGAGAUUUUAAAACGCAUAUAGGAUCCGGCGAUAGGCGGGUGUGAAAUCAAUCGUUUUUUUAAUCUCGAUAAAUGUGUUUAGGGUACCUACUAACAACAAGAGAAAGGAAGGCUACAUGAGUGUGCGAAAUAUGUUCUGUUUAAAUAAAUUGCGCUACUGUUAAUGGCAUGCAUGAAGGACUUGUCUAUUUUCCCACCAUGAAAUCUGAUUCUAUGAUAGUAGGGCACACACGAAUCCUAUAACAAAACUGCGACCUUACGAGUUGCGGUAGCGACGUAAUGCAGUUAUAUAUAAAUAUAUGAAACAACAGCUGGAUGUGUAAUCCUUCUCGGUACUUGAAAUCGUUCCCUAAUUUACAAUAGGAAGAGAGUAGGUAAAUCAAAAAGUCGAAAAAAGUAUUUUUGUUACUAGCUUAUUGUUGUUUGUUCUUGAUAACAUUUUUGUUUUUUGAAACAGAAGUAACCAAUCGCAGAAGACAAAGUAACACAUCUAUAACUAGGUGAAAAGCAAAAUAAGUGACGUGAAAAUCCGUGUACAUUAGUUAAAUGUUAGGUAGACUAAAACACUAUACUACUAUUCUAAAUUAUAUUGCAGAUAGAACAGCAUCGAGGUGGAAAUCCUUUGGAAAUGAAAUGCGUUACACGUAUUAUCUAAAUAUAUGCAAAAAAUGAUACACAACAAAUAUGGAAAAUACACCGAAAACAAACCUAUAUCGUUUCUGGAAAAAAGGGGUGUAAACGUAGGAGCACUGAGCUGUAUGUAUAUGAGGAUAUAAAUAUUCAACGGCAAAUGAUAUCUGACUGCAGUCAGUAGUGCACUGAAUGUUACGAAAAAAGUGAAAAAUUCAAACUAAAAAGGGAUAUAGAAAACGUCACCACAGCGACGUUCUGGUCACUUUAACACUAAAUUCGUGAGAGAAUUCAGAUCAUGGUUUUAAGAAAAAAGCAGAAUUAUAAGAUGAAAGUAGUAGACGCAAUGUGUAAUAAUAAAUAUUAGAAUUUAACAGACAAGCACAAAAUCGAGAAACUUCAAACCAAAAAAUAUUGCAUAAAAGAAAAACAAAAUACACAAAGUUUAACUGUUGUGCAUGAUUUAUUGAUGUUGUAUCUAGCGAAAUUCAAGCUAUUUAUUUACUGUUGUUUUGUUGACGAUCAAUAACGUGCAAUUUCUCGUAUUUUCGUAACUAGAUACAAAUUUCUUGCCAGUUUAUUUGCAGGUAUUCGUUAUAUUAGAUUUCUAUUUUAGCACAAAGAGAAGAAGCUUAAUCAGUACAUAGCAAACAGAAAAAAAACAAUAGAUAAACGCAAUCAACUCAACAAAACAAAACGAACCGAUUCACCUGCCAUCAGAAAAUGUCCCACCGUGAUCAAAAUGAAAAUUAUCCCGAACCAGUCACUCUUGAUCAAUUUUUGUUUCCAUGUGCUCGAACUCUUCAUAAAUCUUUAUACAUGUUCUGUCACUCAUUCGGAAGUUCAGUUAAAGACCUUAGCGCAGUAAACCAAACAAUUGUGUAUAAAAACAACAACAUCAAAUCUAAAAAAAACUGGUACAACGUCGACCAGGUGCGUGCAGAUUUGGUUCAAAUGUUUUACCACACCAUUUGUUAACUACCCCACAUAUGUUCGGUAGAAAUUGUAAACUGAAACUUCUCUUCUCAACACCGCCAGGAGACAGUCACACUGAGAAUAGAAUACAAAUUUAAAAAAAAACGGCAGUCGUACAGUGUAAUCGGAGUUGAAAAAGCCGAGCAUACAGAAAAUGCAGCGUUUUUGGAGUUUCAACGAUAGACGGUGUUAUGAGGAAAAACGCUGAAAAACAAAACAAGAAAAUUAAUAUAUAAAUACCAAAAAUAUUAUAUAAUAACAAGAAAUAAAUAUAUAUAUAAAGUAUGUGAUUAUAACAAUAUAAAAACCAA